GCCAGGUGUACCCCGUUUCGUCCUUUCCCAGAUUCUACUCAACAAAAUCUGACACACAUCGAUUCCCGAGAAAAUCAAAUUCCUCCAUCUGAUUCCCCCGAUAGUGUGGAAGAAAAAUAAUAAUGGAAUCCAAGAAAUUGGCUGCUCUUCUUUCUUCUCUCAUCUCUGAACUUCUCCUCCUCCUUCUCCUCCUUUUCCCUUCCUCCAAUUUCUCUGAUUCCAAUUUCAAUUACAAUUCCAAUUCCUAUCCUAAUCUUUUUCCUCACCUACACCAUCUUCUUUCCUCCCAGGAAAUUGCCGCUAUCCUUUCCCUUCUCACUAUUUCCAGGAAGAGGAAGAGAACCCACUUUUUAGAACUGGAUUCUGAGUCCAUCCAUGAAGACAGAGCCCAUGAACGCGGUUCUCGACUCAGUGAGUUGGACCGAGUUACUCGGAACCCUGACUCGUAUAAAACCAUCUUCAGAAUGAGCUCUUCAACCUUUGAAUGGCUCUCUGGCUUGCUUGAACCGUUGCUAGAAUGCCGCGACCCAAUUGGAUCACCGCUUAAUCUUUCUGCCGAACUCCGGCUAGGUAUUGGUCUGUUUAGAUUGGCUACCGGAUCUAAUUACUCUGACAUAGCUGAUCGAUUUGGGGUUACUGAGUCAGUGACUCGGUUUUGUGCCAAGCAAUUGUGCCGUGUCUUGUGCACCAAUUUUCGUUUCUGGGUCGCAUUUCCUUCUCCUGCAGAGCUCCAAUUGAUUUCAAAAGAUUUCGAAACUCUUACAGGAUUACCAAAUUGUUGUGGUGUGAUAGAUUGUGCUAGAUUUGAGCUAGUUGGAAAGACUGAUAGCAAAUUAGCUUCAGACGGCAAGGAUCAAGAUGAUAGAAUUGCUGUUCAAAUUGUUGUGGAUUCAUCUUCAAGAAUUUUAAGUGUUGUCGCUGGGUUUCGGGGCGAUAAGGGUGAUUAUAGGAUACUUAAAUCGACAACUUUGUAUAAGGAUAUCGAAGGAGGGAGGCUAUUGAAUUCGAGCCCAGUUAUUGUCAAUGGAGUAGACAUACAUCAGUACCUAAUUGGAGAAAGAGGGUACCCUUUACUUCCUUGGUUAAUGGUUCCAUUUGUUGAUGCUUUGCCUGGUUCAUGUGAAGCAAUAUUUAAUACAGCAAAUAAUUUAAUGCGAGUUUCUGCACUCAGAACUGUAGCUAGCUUGAAAAGUUGGGGUGUUUUGUGUAAACCAAUUGAAGAGGAGCUUAAGACUGCGGUUGCUUUGAUUGGCGCGUGCUCGAUCCUCCAUAAUGCUUUACUAUUGAGGGAGGAUGAUUCUGCAUUGCUUGAUGUGGAAGACUAUUCUUUAUAUGAUCAAGGUUCUCAGUACUAUGAAGCUGAAAUGGAGGAGAAUUUGAUUGAAAGAAAGGCUUCCGAUGUAAGACGUGCUUUAGCUAGAAGCGCUAAAGAAUUUGAGAAAUCCUGAGGAUCUCUGUUGAUAUUGGCACUUGCAAUAAUGCAAAGAGUUGUUUUGCCUGCAUAUUGUGGGAUCUGGAUGGAGGCUCAAAUCAAACCUUUUCACAUAGCUCAUUUAUCAACAAAAAGGAGGAUAAUUGCACUUGAUACAUGAUAGCAGUAGCCUAAGUAAAUGGACCAUGGGCCAGGAGACUAAUGUUUUAAAAGUUUAUUAUGGAAAGAGCUUGAGGAAGCAACAGUAAAGGUACAGCAGGAUUGUUCUGGAAUAGACAGCUGUGGCUACUUAGAGGGAAUCAGGACCGGAAUCUCCUGCCAAAUGAUAUGGCAAUGAUGACUAAUGAUGUGUAUAAAUAAGAGGGGUGAGAGCAGAAUAGGGUAUGCAAGAUAUUUCCAAUUUGUAUUACAGCUUUAUUGCUGUGGGCUAGUAUCUAUUGGUUCUAGCAGUCUUUUGUAUUCAGCUACUCAUUUUCAAGAAAUUAUAGUGAUUUCCUCAGAAUUUUUCCUUCUCC